AUGGCUCUUCAAAACCCGCUGAAGCUCUGGCCAACGAGCUCUUGGCCGGCAUACUCGCCUAGCAUGGCCAUGGGCAACAGGUCAUGUUCAAUUGAUGUCCAUGAUGCGUUUGGGCCGACAGUGGCAUACUCGUGUCUCAACGGCUUCGAUUUCACCCUACUUUUCGAAGAGAGUGUCCUCACUCUAUUGCCACUUUUGCUCACCGUUGUGAUACUCAUCCCCCGGGCGAUUUUUCUUCGCAAAACUGCCCCGAAGGCCAAACGAUCAUGGCUGUUUGCUCUAAAAUGUGUGACAUAUUCCAUCUACAUUGUGCUACAGAUCGUCUUGCUGGCUCUUCUGGCUCGACAGGACACUCCCUCCACCAGACUCACCGUACCGCUAGCAGUCACCGUCGUCGCUAGUUUUAUCUGGCUUCUCUACGUCUCAUAUCUGGAGCAUGUCCGAUGUGUGAGGCCGUCGACCAUUCUUUGCCUCUAUUUCGGCAUUUCUGCUCUGCUAGACUUGGCGCGUUUGCGUACCCUGUUCUUCAUCCCGGACUACCACAUCACGGCGCUGAUCAACCUUGCAAGCUACGCCGUCAAGCUGGUGCUGUUGGUCCUGGAAGUCACUGAAAAGCGUAGCCUGCUGCUGUUGCAGUGGAAAGAUACCUCGCCCGAAGAUGCCGCCUCUUACUACAGCCGAGUGUUAUUCCUCUGGCUCAACCGGUUGUUUAUCAGUGGAUACAACACGCGUCUGACUGUGGGCAGUUUGACGCCUUUAGACCAAGAUAUCUUGACCGCUUCUCGGCCUACAAAAUUGGAGGAAAGGUGGGCAAAAGGUGAGAGCUCCUUGAUCGAAGAGUUCCUUUCCAUGGCAACCGAAAAAUCCAGCAAGGGCGCUUUGCUCUGGGUCUUUGUAUGUCAUUACAAAUGGGCCCUAUUGGGUGGUGUGCUGCCUCGUCUCACCUAUAUUACAUUCACUUUCGUCGAGCCGUUACUCGUGGAGAGAACCUUGAAUUUCACCUCGGAACCUGAGAGUCCCAACUCGAAAAACAUAGCCUACGGCCUCAUUGGCGCGUAUGCUCUCGUCCACCUUGGCAAAGCGAUGUCCCUAGCCUGGUACGAGCACAUGACAUAUCGCGCCCUGACACUGUUUCGCGGUAGCCUUGUCACGUUGAUCUUCGACAAGACUCUUCGCCUGAGCAUCAGUGCUGUCAAAGACGCCGAGGCCAUCACACUGAUGAGCGCCGAUAUUGAUCGAAUCGGUCUUUCCAUGCAGAUUAUUCACGAUGCUUACGCCGCGGUUGUAGAGCUUGCCUUGUCUCUUUGGCUGCUCUCCAGGCUGCUCGGCAUCGCAGUCCUGCCUCCUACAUUCUUCAUUGUUGGCAAGUAUGACCCCGGCUCUUUGUGUCUUGCCUUUGGAAUUCCCAUUGCCUCUGCCGCUGGAAACGCGCAGGUGCCAUGGCUCGAGGCGAUUGAGAAGCGCUUGGCUGUGACCUCCAAGAUGGUGGGGACAAUGAAGGUGAUUAGAAUGGCUGGCUUGACAGACACCAUCCACAAGAUUGUUACUAGUCUCAGAAGCAAGGAGAUCCGAGCAUCACGCGCCUUCCGUCUCUUACUGGUGCUGGUGAGUCCCCUGAACUUGAUUGCCUCGCAUAAAACUCCCCACGAUGAAACUCUGACUGACUUGGGGUGUCGGACAGCCAAUUGCACAUUUACCUUUGCUCCCGUCCUGGGCCUCGGAACCUUUGCCAUCUUGGCCAAGGUCAACAAUACGGAGGCAUUGACAGAGGGUGUGGCUUUUGCAGUCUUGAGUCUGUUCAACCUUCAGGACAGGCCCGUCAUGUCCUUGCUUCAUGGAUUCGAAGACUUCCAGACCAUAUACAACGCCUUUUAUCGUAUUCAGACAUACCUUUUGUCUGCUGAGAGGGAAGACUCACGAGCGACCCCUCUUUACCAACAGUCCGAUGCGUCAUCCGAUGAAAGCUUACCGAAAAUCUCUACUACAGUGGCAUCCGGUCACGGUGUUCUGACCAAGGUCGUUGACAACAAUUCUGAAACCAGCGUUAUUCGUCUCACUGCAGCCUCGGGAGGUUACAUUCCUGAAACAAUGAUCCUCAAAGGAAUCAGCCUGGGGAUUAGUGGCGGCAAGGUGACCAUGAUUGUCGGGCCUGUCGGUUCCGGGAAGUCAACACUGCUGCGACUUCUCCUCGGCGAGCUGCCCCAAGUGUCAGGUUCCGUUGUCUCGGACUUUUCUAAAUGCGCAUACGCUCCCCAAUCGCCGUGGAUUACGUGGGGCACAGUACGAAGCAACAUCCUGGGAAUGUCGCCGUGGGAUGCCGGGUGGUACCGCAAAGUUGUUCGUGCGUGUUCGCUAGAUGGCGACUUUGAAGGUCUGCCAGAUGGUGACCAGACGGAAACCGGGAUCCGGGGCUCUCGUCUGAGUGGCGGCCAACAGAUUCGUGUGUCGUUGGCUCGUGCCUUGUACUCUAGGAACAAACUCCUUGUCUUGGACGAUGUCUUGACGGGUCUUGACCGGACGACUGAGGCCGCUAUGCUAGAGGCCGUCUUCAAUGAGGACGGCAUCCUAAAAAGUAUGGGAUCAACGGUCGUGCUUGCUACAAAUUCUGCUGGCCAUCUACGUUAUGCCGACCAUAUAAUAGUUCUCAACACAGAAGGGGGUAUCGCUGAGCAAGGCACUCUUGAAGAGGUUUCCGCAUCCGGAGGCUAUGUGCAGCGCCUGGAGAGUUUGCCAGUUGCUGAGACGUCCCGACAGGAAGCACUGGAGGUGCCAGAAGAAGUCUACCAGGAACUCGGUCUCGAAAAGGAGGACGACGAGCUAGAUGCUGCCCACCACGCGAGUGACUGGCAGGUGUACACUUACUACAUCCGGGUUGCCGGUGUAUGGACCUUUUUAGCCUAUCUCGUCAUCUGCGCAGCGUAUAUAUUUGGCCUUAGCUUUCCAUCAAUAUGGCUGCAAUGGUGGACCUAUUACAAUAAAGAACAUCCCAACGACAACAUUGGCUACUGGCUAAGCGUAUACUUUGCCCUCGCAAGUUUAGCGGUUGCAGGGUGUAUGGCAUCCGACUGGGCUUUCCGAAUGAUGGUGGUUCCAAAAACCUCGCGCAAAUUCCACGAGCUUUUGCUCGAUACAACUAUGCACGCAACAACAUCGUUUCUGACAUCCACAAAUGCCGGGGUCACCACGAACCGGUUCAGUCAAGACCUGCAGCUUAUCGACAGUGAUCUGCCGCAGUCUCUCGACGAGUUCGUCAUGAACUUUCUCGGUGUCUUGACCUCGGCCGUGUUGGUGUUUGCCGGCUCGGGCUACGUUGCCGCUACAAUCCCUGCCUGCGUAGCUGUCAUCUUCUUUGUCCAGAUGUUUUAUCUGCGUACCUCACGCCAGUUGCGUCUGCUCGAUAUUGAAGCCAAGGCGCCCCUAUUUUCCCACUUCAUUGAGACCCUGGGCGGCAUCGCCUGCAUCCGCGCAUAUGGAUGGUCAGAACAGUACAUGGACCGGAGCUACGACGUUCUCGACGACUCGCAGAAGCCGUACUAUCUAUUGUGGUGCAUCCAGAGGUGGCUGACCGUGGUUCUGGACCUGUUGGCCGGCGCCAUCGCCGUGAUGCUUGUCGCUUUUGCAACACUGGUGCGCAACGGAUCGACUGGAUUGCUGGGCGUGGCGCUCUUCAACGUCAUCAGCUUCAGUGGCGCUCUCCAGUCUCUCGUCACGCAGUGGACACAGCUGGAGACGGGCCUUGGUGCCAUCAGUCGCGUCAAGACAUUUGUCGAAGAGACCAAAUCAGAGAAACGCGAUGGAGAGACGGACGACGGCUUGCCAGAUACUUGGCCGGCAGCUGGUUCUAUUAUUUUGGAUAACGUCUCCGCCUCUUACGAGUCAACUACCGCUCCUGUCGUCGAUGGAUUCAACUUGACCAUCCAACCAGGUGAAAAGAUUGCAUUAUGCGGGCGAACAGGAAGCGGUAAAUCAUCACUCCUCUUGGCGAUUCUUGGUAUGCUGGACCUAGAUGAGGGCAGCAUCACCAUUGACGGGUACGCCACCGGCAAGAUAUCGCGCGAGACACUGCGCCGCCGCCUCAAUAUAUUACCACAGGAGCCCUUUUUUCUAUACGGGAGUGUGCGCGAGAACAUGGACCCGCUGCAUAUCUUGACGGACGAACGAAUCAUUGAAACACUACAUGCCGUCCGUCUCUGGGACCUGCUGGACAGCCGCGGCGGGCUCGAUGCCCCAAUGGACGAGGACGCUCUAUCACACGGCCAGCGGCAGCUAUUCUGCCUUGCCCGCGCUAUUGCGCGCCCAGGUAAAAUCAUCAUCAUCGACGAGGCGACGAGCAGCGUCGAUGUGGAGACGGACGAGCUCAUGCAGCGGGUACUACGAGAAGAGCUCCAGGGCCGCACCUUGAUCGCCAUUGCUCACAAACUUAACACAGUGCUCGACUUUGAUCGGGUCGUGUUAAUUGACAAGGGCAAGCCGGUGGAAUCUGGGAACCCGCAAGAGCUCCUGGCCGACCUAGCGUCCAUGUUCUCUAAGCUAUACAUGAGUGGAGGUAGCCCUGCCGUGUAA